UAUGAUAUAGAAAAACUGGACCAAAAUGGCAGCAAUGUCAGAUAGUCUGUCUCACCAUGACCCUGAUGACUGGACAAGGGAGAUUCUUAUCACUGCUGAUGAGAUGGACAUAUUCCACAUCAAGAAAUACAUUUUACCAGAUUUUGAUUCAUUUAAAAUUUCCUAUUAUUUUCAACAUCGUGAUGAUUACCUGGCACCAGGGGGUUGGGAUAUUGGGAGUCGACAUGCCGCUGUGAAAAGGUGCAAAAAGAUACUGCUCAUUCUGUCACAAAAAGGAAUGAGACAUUUUCCAUUAGAGAUGUAUCUAGCUAUUGAGAAAAGUCUGAAGAUGGGAGAGAUGAGACUGAUUGUUUUAUUAAUUAAUGGAAUGACACAAAAAGACGUACCAAAAAUACCGUGGUUAGAAACGGCAUCCUACAUCAAACUGGAUGACAAUGUACACGAGAUGUGUAUGAUGAUGUUAUGUAAAUUAAUCAAACGUGAUGAACCAAUCCACAACAAGUUACCUGUGGGUAAUGUUGGACGGGGCAUGGCAUGGUCACAUUUCCUUGGAUAUCUCAAGGUUGUUCUGCCUGAUCUUCCAAACGUUAUACAAGCUUGUAGGUUUUACAGAUCAAGUAAUGAUAGAGUAUGUAUGCCUAUCAAGUUUUACAUGCUACUACCAAGAAGUGGAAAAGGGCCUAAAGGUCAAAAUAAUUUGGAAUGUCUUGACCCUCGUCUUAAGUAUGAGGACAAGUUGGAGAUGAAGAUAAAAGUCAACGGAAGUUUACGUAUCUUUACACCAAAUGUCUACUCCAUCACUGACCCACAAAGUGGUAUGAAGUAUUACUGCCUUGCCGAGAUCCCCAGUGCAUUCUGCGCCCUAGGUUCAAUCUUCAUGGAUGCUCUUGGGAAGAUAGAUGCUCACCAGCUAGACUUGGAAGUAGAACGAUUUUACUACCAAAUAGAUUUUCUGCUGAGUCAUCAAAACAGCCAAGACUGUCACAACAAGGUCGUCAUUCUGCCAUAUAAUGAUGAAGAUAAGACUGGUGAUGCCUUGCCUGGUUCUCACCUAUUACGGGCAUGUCAGAAAUCCCUCCAGUGUUUACCCCCAGGCAGACCCAUCCUUGGAAGUGUUUCAGCCAAUUAUUUAGAAGGCUGUAGUGUUCCAUGUGACCAGCUAUACCAUCAGACUGAACCACAGGAUGAGCACCAGGAAGACCAAAUCCAGGAAGACCAAAUCCACGAAGAUGUCUGUCUAAUCUGUUGUGCCUGCGACCGGGAGAAUGCUGAAAACAUAAAAACAUUUCUGGAGUCAAAGAAAAAGAUUGUCAGUGUAGUGACACCAGAGAGAGAAGGAUUUGAACAGACAGAAAAAACAGUGAGAGCUGCCCGCUGGUCAGUUUUAUUUCUGUCAGAGGCAUCAAUGCAUGUCAUGGAGUUUUGGCUAGGAGAGCUACUGACCAUUGGGAACCUUGAGAACUGCCAACGUCUUCUCCCAGUGCUCCUAGAUACACAUCCCGAUAACAUUCCAGAUUUCCUUAGCUGGGUCACUUUUAUCACCACAGAUGAACCGGACUAUGCAGAAAAAAUUAAUCAUAUUAUAGAAGGAGAGAGUGUCACCUUCACAACCCAGAUUCCUAUAGGGAAUGUUGCAGAGGGGCUAGUCUGGGUGUUUUAUGCCAACUAUCUACGCCACAAUCUCCAGGACAUACCUAGGAGAAUAAAGAAGAAACUGAAAGAGUGUUCUGGAGUGAAUAUGUGGAACAUCAAGUAUUCAACCGUGUUGUUUGAGCUGGUACCAAAAAGUUGUAAAUGUCCAAAGGAGCUAGCUAGUCCAGGGGGACAGAUUUCAGAUGAGGGUCCAAUUGAAUCAGUUCAAAAAACAAUAUGGGGAACACAGAGGACAUUUACCUGCAACUUGUACAAAAUUAAUUUGGACAAUGGUAAACAGUAUUAUUUCCUUGGAGAAUUUGCCUCCCCUGUACGAACUCUCUACAGCAUGCAUCAGUCCCUGAUCGCUGGACUUAGUAAACAACUUAUGGAGGAACAAGUUCAUCUGUUUGCCAUCCAACUUCAGAAAGUAGUCAAAUCCAAAAUUAGCAAUAGCUGUGAGGUCAUCAUGUAUGAUGAUGCAGAAGACAAUUUGGUGGACAUUCUUGUAAAAAGAAUUGUAAACCAUGAAGAGAAAAUGCAACAGCUGGAGAUUGAGGAAAACAUAGAAAAGAUACACCAGUCUUUGGAAUAA